AUGAAGGUUCCCAUCAUUACAUUUUGCCUGAUUGGAGCAGUCUUUUCCAACCCGAUUUUACACACUGUUGUUUCAGUAUCAAGCGAGGUUGCAUCAAACUCAACUGAAAGUGUGUCUGUUUCACAAUCGUCUGAAAAUGACACCUCAGAGCUUCAGAGCACAGAGGAAAACACCUCAAAUCAGGUGAAGGACACAUCAGAGGACACUUCAGAGGACACUUCAGAGGACACAUCAGAGGACACGACUUCCGAAGAGAGUGACAGUCAGUCGGAUGAGAUGGACUCCAUGCUUGACACCAAAGAUGAUAGUAUGGGCAGUGAAGAGAAUGUCAGAAAGAGCCUGGUGCGAGUGUUUACAAAUACAGUGAAAGCCCUUAGCGCAGAGGACAGCAAUGAGCUGCCCAACACAAACCUGCUGGUGAACCCCACAGACAGCAGUGACAGCACUAGUGACAGCAUAGAAACCACAACUGCCACCAAUGACAGCAAUGAAAGCAAAGACAGCUCCAGCAGCGAGAGCAGUGAGAGCAACGAGACCAAAGACAGCAGCGACAGCAGUGACACCAGCAUGAGUACAGAGGACAGCAAUGCCAGUGACAGCACCGAGCUGAAACAACUGAAAGCCAGGGACUGUGUGAAUGGCACUCAGAGCUGCGAAAGUGAGGAGGAGCGUUUCUUCCAGAGUGUAGGAGAUGAUGCUCAUUUCUCAGUGGAUAAUCUGAUGGUGCCAGAUGAGGAUGACAGGGAGUUAAUGCUGCGAAGAUGA